AUGGGGGCAAGCCCCUCCAAACAAACCCCACCUGGCGGGGACUCCAUCAACACCACCUAUCCAGCUACGACGGGCAGCCAUCAGAAUGCAUAUAAUGACAGGCGUGUAAACCGCUGCACCUCCAUCCAUGCCCUCUCAGGCACAACAGGCACUGGCAGCAAAUCGUCCGCAGCCGAUCCGUCUGCCUCUCGCGAAAGUGCCACUGGCCAUCCGAUCCCGCACCGACAGCAGGCCCCUGUCCAACACUGGUUGCAGUCCCGUAACCUCCCUGACUCCCCAAGACAUGACUCCCACCAGCACCAGCAAUUACGGCAUAGAGAUUCCAAACGACACCAGCGAGAAAACAGCGAUAAGCGCGAGUAUCUCCCUGCCCGCAGCCAGGGAGAACCCUCCCAAGCACCCACUAAAGCAGUCCCCGUCUCCUCCCCGCCGGACAGGGGUCAGGGGGUUGCCAGCAAUACAGGCGUCGUUAUCAAUGUAGUUGCUCGUCACCAUACUGACGGGCACCAUGAGCAAUACACAUCCAUAGAACCUUCUGGUCCAACGCCGAGCGCCUACUAUGGAGCAUCGGCACACCUGUCACGUCCGCCGCGGCUGCCGUUGCCUAUUGGCGAUGCGAUGACGGCACCCGGUUCACCGAUUGUGGCGCCAUCGUCGAUGACUGGGCCACAUGCGGCAGUCCCUGUGUUGGUUGAUAAAGCGGAGUUGGAGUUGCCAGGGAGUGGGGAGGGCAGGGAUCGGGCCGGUGCGGCUGGGUUGGGGGAGGAAGAGGAGGAAGAAGAGGAGAUAAUUGACGAACUGGAGGUGGAUGCGGGAAUGGGUGUUGGGGUUGGGGGGGUGGGUGUUAAUAAGGCGGUGACGACGACGAUUGAGUGGAGGGGUGGGGGAGAGAAGGUGUAUGUUACGGGAACGUUCGUGAAUUGGGAAAGGAAAUUUCGAUUGCAUAAGAGCGAAACGGAAGAUGGCGUCCAAGCAGCCACCCUUCAAUUACGUCCGGGAACCCACCACCUAAAAUUCAUCGUCGACGGCAUAAUGAGUACAUCCGACCAACUCCCCACUGCGGUCGACUUCACCAACCACCUAGUAAACUACAUCGAAGUCAGCCCAAAGCCCGAAGAGCUCCCCCGCCCUCGCCGCGAAUCCGAUCGCGACCGGCCUCCAAAAUACGCCAUACCUCCUGGCCUCUACCCACCCCAAGUGCUCCCAGAGACCCUCGAAAUCCACCCGGACCACGACUCAGACCGCGACUACGCAUCUGACUCUUCAGACACCUCCUCCCGACACCGGCAACGCCAACAACAACGCCAACCGCCAGAGGAAGAGAUCCCGCUUGGCGAUUUCCGAACCAUUAUCCCGCCGUUCCUAACCGAUAUAGACGGCGACGAAGACGGGCCCCGCUACCAGCAGGCGGCAAAUGUGAUUGGCGACGCGUCCGUACCUCCUAUGCUGCCGCUCUUGCUUGGGCGGUCAAUAUUGAACAGUGCGACGCCCAUGAAGGAUGAUAGCAGUGUGCUAAAUGUGCCGAAUCAUACGGUGCUAAAUCAUUUGGCAACGAGUAGUAUUAAAAACGGGGUGUUGGCAACAAGCGUGACAACGAGAUACAAGACGAAGUGCGUUACGACGAUCGUGUAUAAGCCGACCGGCGAUAUUACGGGAUAAAAGAUUGCGUGGGAAAUGUGAUGAUUGAAUAGAAGGGAAUUUUUAGGAACGCUAUAUACCAAGCGAGCAAAAUGCUCCGAUACUUGUUUCUAUUUUGGUUUUUUUUUUUUUUUCCCCUAAUUUAAUAUAUACACCUUUGUUUGUGUGUAUGCGCAAUAACGACAUUCUGCAGAG